AUGGGCUCGAAAAGAAAACAAAAGGAAAAGCAAAAGGAUUUCAAAAAGGCAAAGUUGAAAGUUGGGAAAACAGCGCAGAAAGCGGACAAUUACACAGAUACUUCGUUCAAAUCAAAGACAAUAUCUUUACCAGGCCAAUCGAUAACUAAUGUCCAUUCAUCGAAAGAUUUGCAACACCAACUAUCGCUAACGAAACACCAUUCUUCGACGGCUAGGAAGGAAGUUUUAAUCAGCUUGACGCAAAAUCCACCAUCAAACCCAUCGAGUUAUAAACAAAUUAUAUCGAGUGUUACACCGUUAAUAUUAGACGAAUCCAAGGAUGUGCGAUUAGAAGUAUUGAACCUAUUGAAAGAAUGCGGAAAAAGUCAACCAGGGCUUUUGGAUUUACAUAAGCGUACCGUUAUACUAUUUAUAAUAUCGGCAAUGACCCACAUACAACCCGGUAUCAGAAACACAAGUACGAAAUUUCUCGAUUUAGUGAUUGAAUAUGCCGAUAUCAAGCUGUACUUUGUCAAAAUUUUAAAAAAUAUCUUUAUAUUAAUGGGCUGGCCGCUACAAAAUGACUCAAAGUCAAAUAGUGUCUCCAUCACAUCGAGCUCGUCGAUUCUUCUUGGAACAAAUACAAAGAAAGCACGUGUGGAUCAUUUAAUAGCUUUGGCCAAGUUUUUACAAGCUACCCUAUUUGAGCAGGAAGUGGAACCAACUACAGAUUACAAUUCGGAUGCGAUAACGACUCACCCUCAAUCUCGCAAGUACUUGAUACCGAAUAUACCACAAGCUUACGCGCCGUUGAAAUUGUUUGUCAAUGAAAUAAGUGUUGGUCAUGGAAAUUUGGGGGAAUUACAGAAUUUAGAUACAUUAACGACGGAAGAUUUGUCCACAAGGGUAAAUGUAAUGAAUCACUUCUUUAAAGAUAAGUUGAUGAACAGUUUAUCGAAUUUGGCGAAGGAAGGUGGUGAAGUAGGUCGUGAAGCAACAAGAUGCAUACAGAUAUUGGAAAAGAUAUAG